AUGAAUUUCACAUGUCCUCAUGUACUAGUGGUAGGCGCUGGGCCGGCGGACCUGGUAGCGGCGUUGACACUCCUCCAGAACGGCAUCCCAGUCCGCAUCAUCGAUAAAGACCCCAACCCUCGCAUUGGACAGCGUGGUCCCGGAAUACAGCCACGCUCCGUCGAACUCUUCAACUUCCUGAAUGUUUCAGAAGUCAACGACCUGGGGACGCGCGUCCCUAUCAUCCGUUCGUACAAGUCAGGGACUUUGGAAAUUUUGAAGGAAUCUUCCUUUACCCCAUAUUUGGAACCUUCGCCUGCGAUACCAUUCACUUCCCGAGUAAUGGGUCAACAGCUUCUAGACACGAUUCUGCGACGCCACCUAGAGAAGUUCUCUUGUUCUGUCGAGAUGGGCACCGAACUGCGUUCGUUUGAGCAGUCUGAAGAGGGCGUUACCGCUGUACUAGCAAAGAAUGGCACAUUAGAAUCUUUCGAUACCAAGUGGAUGGUCGGUGCCGAUGGUGCUAAAGGUGUUGUCCGCAAGCAGCUUGGGCUUUCAUUUUUGGGCGAAACUAGAGACGAUACGCGAAUUAUCACUGGAGAUAUUCGUUUGAAGGGUGUUGAUAGAGCGGUGCGUCCCAUUUCUACUUGCUCGAUGGAAGAGCGCGCGCUCCUGAUCCUGUCUCGAAAGUAUUGCCACCAAUUUGGAAAUUUCCAAGAACGAGGCAUGUUAUUGCGUCCAACAGACGAAAUCGGCGAGGAUGGCUGGCAAUUUGUCAUCUUUGAUAAUGACAUAGAUAUGACAAAGGUUACUCAGAGCGAAGAGCUGAUCUUCGAGAUCAUCGCGUCGGUGAUACCUACGGAGGUUACGUUCAACAAGCUGGUUUGGGUGAGCGAGUUCCGGGCCAAUAUCCGUAUGGUUGACAGGUUUAACGAGGGCCGAGUAUUUGUUGCGGGUGAUGCUGCUCACGUCCACAGUCUAACCGGUGGGCAGGGACUUAACUCAAGUGUACAAGAUGCUUUUAAUCUAGGAUGGAAGCUUGCGCUCGUCGAGAAAGGACUCGCCGACAAGUCUCUUCUCGAGACAUACAGCGCCGAGCGUUUGCCUGUCAUCUCUGAGAUGCUCAAUAUGACCACCUCGAUGCUCAACAAGGCAAUCGCGUCGGGAGAUAUAUCGAUCGGACGAAGCUCCGUCCUUUUCAUGCUCGGCAUCAACUACCGGUUCAGCAGCAUUGUCCUGGAUGAAUAUGCGACUCCAGUUGAGGGGAGACCGAUUAACGCCUACGGAGUGCUUGACGAAGGGCAUCUGGAGGCUGGAGACAGGGCGCCUGAUGCACCCAAUAUGCGUCAGGUAAAGCGCGGAGAGUCUGACAUGAAGACGCUAUUUAGCCUGUACAGACCGUGGUAUCACACAGUGAUUGUGUUCGCGCCGAGUCUCGCAGAUUCUUCCCCAAUCUUGGGCGCACUGGAGGCUUAUGACAAAAGUGUUAUGCGAUCGGCAGUCGUUCUGCCUUCAUCAACACAAGUAACGUCCGUUGCAUCCCAUGCUAACCUUGUUCUUGUUGACGAGGAGGGCUAUGCUUAUUCGGCUUAUCUUGUGGAAGCUGGCCAUACGAAGGUGUUUGUGAUUCGGCCGGACGGAGUGAUUGGAGCGAUUGUACACGGUGCAGAAGGCGUGAAGAAAUAUUUCUCUGGUAUAUUUUUGGAUGUGUGA